AUGGCUGGUGCGUCCAACGCUCAGGACGGGAUCACGAUCUCAUUCCAGAACAUGAAGAGCAUCGCGCUGUCUGCCGACAAGAAGAUUGCUUCGAUCCAACCUGGCAAUAUCUGGGGCGACGUCUACCGCGAGCUUACAAAGUCUGACUUGAAUGUCAUCGGUGGUCGGAUAUACGACAUUGGUGUCGGAGGACUAACUACUGGAGGUGGCAUAUCCUACUUCUCUAACCUCCACGGCUGGGCUUGUGAUAAUGUCGAGAGCUACGAUGUCGUCACUGCUACCGGUGCUAUCAUCCGAGCAUCAGGCACCCAGUUCCCGGACCUGUACUGGGCCCUGCGUGGCGGCGGCAACAACUUUGGCCUCGUAGUCAGCUUCAACCUUCGGACCAUCUCGCUCCCAGGCGGUAAGAUGUGGGGUGGCUCCCGUACCUAUCUCGAAGAUUCGUUCCCUGCGCUCUCUGGGGCUUACGCCAACUUUAUUGCGAAUGCGGAAAAGGACCCGAAGGCUGGCUUGUGGCACGUAUACGCCUACUUCAACGGCACCAAACUCUCCCUCCCGACGCUGUAUUAUGCCGAGCCGGAUGGCGGCGAGGCCGACAUCUUUUCCGAAUGGAACGCUAUUCCCGCCAUUUCGGACACGACGCAGAACCGCAUCAUUGCUGACUGGGCUGCGGAAGGAGCCGAGGGUUCACCGCCGGGGCCGCGGGAGAUCUAUUCCGUCAUUAGCAGCAAGGCCGACAAGGGACUCGUUGAUGCCGCUCAGGAAAUCUACUUUGAGGAGGUUCUUGCCGUGACGGACCUGCCUGGCAUUCUUCCCACUUUGGUGUUCCAGGGCAUCACCAUUCCGAUGCUGAAGCACAUGCAGCAGAACGGGGGCAAUGCACUGGGUCUCAAUGUCGAAGACGGCCCGUUCUACAUCAUUCUACUCUCCAUAAUGUGGAGUAACGAAGAAGACGACGACAAGAUUUACUCUUUUGCCUCAACAGUUAUGGAAAGAAUCGACGAUGAAGCCAAGGCGCGGGGGCUGGAGAACGACUACAUCUACAUGAACUACGCCGCACAGUUCCAGGAUGUUGUCAGUGGAUACGGUGCGGAUAAUAAGGCUAAGCUCAAGAGCAUCGCGAAGAAGUAUGAUCCCAAGGAGGUGUUCCAGAAGCUGCAGCCUGGGUACUUCAAGCUGGACCGCGCCCCGCUGCCGAGUUCCAAGUACUUCAACUGGUAG